CGGUGCUUUAGUUGUGAAGAGUUCAUUGAGGGAGAAGUGGUCUCAGCAUUGGGCAAAACCUAUCACCCAGACUGUUUUGUGUGUGCUGUCUGCAGGCUGCCUUUCCCUGCGGGCGACAGGGUAACUUUUAACGGGAAGGAAUGCAUCUGCCAGAAAUGUUCCCUGCCCCCUUCCAGCAGCACUGGCUCGUUCCCGGUACAGAACCUGCGGAGUUGUGGGGGCUGUGGUUCAGAAAUAAAAAAUGGGCAGUCACUGGUUGCCUUGGACAAACACUGGCAUUUGGGCUGUUUUAAGUGCAAUACUUGCGGCAAGCUGCUGAACGCAGAGUACAUCAGCAAGGAUGGCAUUCCAUACUGCGAAACGGACUAUCAUGCGAAGUUUGGUAUCAGAUGUGACAAUUGUGAAAAGUACAUCACAGGAAGAGUGCUUGAGGCAGGAGAAAAACAUUAUCACCCAACGUGCGCACGAUGUGUCAGGUGCAGUCAGAUGUUUGCAGAAGGAGAAGAAAUGUAUCUGCAAGGUACAUCCAUUUGGCAUCCAGUUUGUAGACAGGCUGCAAAGGCUGAAGAAAAAAACAAGGAAACAAGGACUUCAUCUGAGAGUAUUAUUUCUGUACCUGCUUCAAGUACAUCAGGUUCCCCAAGCCGUGUGAUCUAUGCAAAGCUUGGAGAUGAAAUUCUUGACUACAGGGAUUUGGCUGCUCUUCCUAAAAAUAAAGCCAUCUAUAACAUUGACCGCCCAGAUAUGAUCUCCUAUUCUCCAUAUAUCAGUUACUCUUCAGAUGACAGGCAUAGUUACGGGGAGUCACCUCAGUUGCUCUCUCCAACACCUACUGAGGGUGACCAAGAUGACAGAUCUUUCAAGCAGUACAGGACAUCAAGUCCUAGCUCUGCUGGCUCACUGGGCUAUGGUCGCUACACUCCAACUUCCCAUUCUCCUCAGCAUUACAGCAGACCAGACACGGGCGUAAAAGAUAACAUCUAUAGGAAACCUCCUAUCUACAAACAGCAUGCAGCAAGAAGAUCAGAAGGGGAGGAUGGAAGUUUGGAUCAGGACAACAAGAAGCUAAAGACCAGUUGGCUUAUUCUGAAAGGGGAUAUGGACACCAGAACUAAUUCCCCAGAUUCAGACACCCGGUCCCUGUCUCUUACUGCCAGAAGUGACAGAGAAAACUUCCCCAGGGCGCAGGAGGGCACAACUGCUGGCUACUCCCGAUUCCCAUAUUCUAAAUCUGCUUCUCUACCUGGCUAUGGCAAGAAUGGCUUACAUCAGAGACCUGAAAAUAUGGGCCAAUAUGAAAUGGACCAGGAGGCGACCUGGGGGAUGAAAGAAUACAAGAUUUAUCCUUAUGAAACACUUAUUGUAACAAACCGAGUUCGUGUGAAAUUGCCGAAGGAUGUGGACAGGACCAGGCUGGAGAGGCACUUGUCCCCUGAAGAGUUCCAGGAAGUCUUCAAAAUGAGCAUUGAGGAAUUUGAUCGUCUGGCACUUUGGAAGCGGAAUGACCUGAAGAAAAAGGCCCUGCUUUUCUAG